GAUGCUAGGCAAAUAUAUGCAUCUUGACCCGUCACGUACGUGAAACUUGACCCACCUGCAUGCACGUUGUCGAUCCUAUUCAUGGUGUAUUGUAAAAUAUAUGUGAUCGACAACGUGCAUGCAGUGGGUCAAGAUUAAUCCAUGUGACGGGUCAAAGAUUCAUAUUUUUGCGAUAGCGAUGCUCAUACUUAACGUACUCAGAGAUUCUUAGUAAUUCAUAGAAAUAUAAUACUGCAAUUCUACCUUAUUACUAAACUUAUCGCCAUGGGGGUUCCAGCUCUCUUUAGAUGGUUAUCCAAAAAGUAUCCAAAGAUCAUCGAGCAAGUCAUUGAAGAGACUCCUACUGAAGUUAAUGGAGUAAAACUUCCAGUCGAUAUUUCUAAACCAAAUCCAAAUAAUAUUGAGUUUGACAAUUUAUAUUUAGAUAUGAAUGGUAUUAUUCAUCCUUGUUGUCAUCCGGAGAACAAGCCUGCUCCAGCUACAGAAGAAGAUAUGAUGGUCGAAAUAAUGGAAUAUACAGAGCGAAUAGUUGCUAUGAUUCGUCCUAGAAAAGUUUUAUAUCUCGCUAUUGAUGGCGUUGCACCUCGUGCUAAGAUGAAUCAACAGAGAUCUCGUAGAUUUAGAGCAGCACAAGAAGCCAAAGAAAAGGCAGAAGAAGCAGCUCAAGCAAUAGAAAAACUUGAGGCGUCAGGUCAAUCAAUAGACCAAGAUGUUAAAUUAAAGAAGUCUUUUGAUAGUAAUUGUAUAACACCAGGUACACCUUUUAUGGCACGUCUUGCAGUUUGUUUGCGAUAUUGGAUUGCAGAUAAACUCAAUACAGAGCCAGGAUGGAAAAAUUUAAAAGUCAUACUUUCUGAUGCAAGUGUACCAGGUGAAGGUGAACAUAAAAUUAUGGAUUUUAUUCGUGCGCAACGUGCUAGUCCAUAUCACGAUCCUAAUACUCGUCACGUAAUAUACGGCUUGGAUGCCGAUCUUAUAAUGCUUUCGUUAGCUACGCACGAACCUCAUUUUAAAGUUCUACGAGAAGACAUCUUCUUUCAAGAAGGAAUUUAUAGAGGAUGUUUUAUUUGUGGUCAAUCUGACCAUAUGGCUAAUCAAUGCACAGGUCGUGCAAAACAGAAACAGGGGCAAUAUGAUGAGAAAGGAAAGGCCACGGCUCUUAAACCAUAUGUUUUUCUAAAUGUUCAAGUUCUUCGAGAAUAUUUGGAAAUUGAACUUAAAGUAUCUAACAUACCUUGGCCAUUUAAUUUGGAGAAUGCGAUUGAUGAUUGGGUAUUUCUUUGCUUUUUCGUAGGUAAUGAUUUUCUUCCUCACUUGCCGUCUUUGGAGAUUAGAGAAGGUGCAAUAGAUACUUUGAUAACUAUAUGGAAACGUUGUCUCUCAUUAAUGGGUGGUUAUUUGACAAAUAGUGGAAAUGUGGAUUUAAAAGGGUUACAAUAUUUAGUCACAGAACUUGGCAAACAAGAAGAUGAUAUUUUUAUUCGACGACAUAGAAAUGAGCAAAGGCGAGCACCUCCACCUCCACCUCCAAAACGUCAAAAGACUAAACCGAAUAAAGUCACUGACGUCAAUCAGCCACCAGAAUCAUCCCAAAACGAAAUUGAUAACUUACAAAACUUGAAUAAUGAAUGUGUUACACCUAGCCUGCCUCAUUUACCAAUUGGAAUGCCUUUACUCCCAGUGAAAGGAUUUGACUCGCAACUACGUGCAAAAUCAAAUCAAGAAGUUGUUACUAAUAGACAAGAAUUACGGAUAGCUAAUAUAAAUGCUGCACAAUCAUUGAAGGCAGAGUUAAAUAGUUCCAGUGCCCCUGUUUCAACAGCAAAUAUUGAUAUACAAAUCAAUAAAAACGUGGAUUCUGAUAUUUCUGUUUCUGAGACAAUUAAACGAGAUACUGGUGAUAAGGUUAUGUUAGCUACAAAGAGAAAAGCAGAUAUAUUGGACGAUGAAAUUCCAAUUACUUCCGAAAGGGAUGACGAUGUUAAUGAUGAUGACGAUGACUCACCGAGCGUAUCAAAAGAUAGUGAGGAUGUUGUUGAUCCAAUUAGAUUAUGGGAAACAGGAUUUAAAGAGAGAUAUUAUAAACAGAAAUUUGGUAUUGACCUACCAGACAAAGAAUUCCAACAAAAUCUCGUGAAGAGUUAUAUUGAAGGCCUAUCUUGGGUUCUACAAUAUUAUUAUCAGGGUGUUCCCUCUUGGAAAUGGUAUUAUCCUUACCAUUAUUCGCCAUUCGCAUCAGACUUCGUUGAUAUUGGUGACAUUCAAAUUAAAUUCGAAUUGGGCGAACCUUUCAAGCCAUUCGAACAAUUAAUGGGUGUACUGCCAGCACAAAGUAAAGAAUUUUUACCAGUGCCUUUUCAUAAACUUAUGACUGAUGAAGCUAGUGAUAUAAUAGACUUUUAUCCAGAAAAAUUCAAAAUAGAUUUAAACGGGAAAAGAUACGCGUGGCAAGGAGUUGCUUUACUUCCUUUCAUUGAUGAACCACGUUUGCUUAGAGCCAUGGAAUCGGUUUAUCCCCAGUUAACAACCGAUGAAACUAUGAGAAACACAUGUGGAUCCGAAGUCCUCUGCUUUAGCAACAGUCAUAAAUUAUAUAAUAUAUUAUGCCCCUUAUAUUCAAACCAGGACUCGGACAAGCCUAUACCAUUGGAUCCAACCAUUAGCGACAAGAUGAUUGGAUUUGUUUCAAAAGAUCCAAAUUUUGUACCUAAAAGUACGUUUCGUUCACCUUUUGUUGAAAAAAACAUGCCAGAUAUUAUUGAUAGAUCAUUGAGUAUAUUCUAUUAUCUUCCUGCUAAAACAGCUGGCAACGCACAUAAGUCUAUCCUUUUACGAAACGUCAGAAUGGAUCCUCCAGUUUUAGGAUGGGAGGAUCAUGAAUGCGUGAGAAGUGGUAGUAGAGGAAGAGGGAGAGGAAGGGGAAGAGGUUCUCCAAGAGAUGAUCGCACUUAUCACAAUAACCGCACUUAUCACGAUAACCGUACUUAUCACAACAAUAACCGCACUUAUCACGAUAACCGUACUUAUCACAAUAACCGCACUUAUCACGAUAACCAUAGUUAUCAAGAUAAUCGUACAUAUCCCAAUAACCGCACUUAUCCCAAUAACCGUACUUAUCACAAUAACCGUCACGAUAAUCGUGAUACUCAUAUAUAAUAUAUAAUAUUACUAUGCAAUAAAAUAUUAGAAAUUCUUAUAAACUUUUUUUUAACCCAAAUUUUUUGUAUUUUAAUAAAAAGAAUUAUUUGUAUGAAUGAUUAUCUGCAAAUAGACAAAAAAUAUAAUUAUUUUAUAUAAAUUUACCUUAAUACAAAAACAUUUAAAAAGAAAAUUUCUUAAUUUACACAGUGUUCAUAACUUCCCCAGUAACAGCAUAGCGAACAUGCUUAUUAUCACAUGCUGAUCAUUUGCUGAUCAUAAUAUAUGUGACAUUACAUUAACUUUGAAGCAUUAUUUCAAAC